AAAUACCACUUUGGGGCAAACUCAGUAGAUGGACCCACCUUUGUGGUCUGAAAGCACCCAGAGGCCAGAGACCCUCCUUUUAAUGGUGCCUCACCUAGACUGCCCUAGAAUUUAGACCACGGGGCUGGAAUAAGAUCAAGAAUCCCGCCUGCCUUGCUGCCUCUGGGGUGGUAACCAGAGUCCUAGCUGGGAGCCAGCUGUGCUCCUGAUCGCCUUAGGUUGCGGAACUGCUAGCCAGGCUAGGGGCUAGGUCUGAGCAGCACAACCUCUCAGUGCCUCUGGCCCCUUCUAGAGGCAAACAGCAGGGUGGGCGCCACUGACAGCCCAGCGGUCCAGCCUCUCUUUUGUGUGCCACGGGAGACUGGCUACCUGACUGGUCUGAUCUGGGGAUCGCCCUAGUCCCUGCCGGCAGGUAGAAGACUCUCUCUCUCUCUCUCUCUCUCUCUCUCUCUCAUGGCUCCCAGCACAGUCUCUCUCAUGGCCCCGCCGGCUUCUCGCUCUCCUAAAUCUGGGGCCGCUUCCAGCCCUGGCGCCAGAACGCAGAGUCUCUGGUUCUGAGAUGCGCCCCUCCGGGUCUCGCAAGUGGCCGGACUCGAGGCUGCGGCCGUCAUUGCUUCUACAAUCAGUGCAUGUUCCUCGCUGACGUCAGUAGGAGCUGUCCGGGAGCUAUAUAAGGCUGGCGGCGGUCCCGGGACAGACCCCGUGUUCCCCAAGGCGCCCUCAGCCCGCCCGGGGGACAGAGACUGGAGCGCCGUCCUGCAACGUGCAGACGCUCUCCGGCAACCUGGCCGGCGGCACCAUGAGGCAGGUGGGACGCGCGGCGCUGCUGGCGGCGCUGCUGCUCCUGGCGGCGCUGCGCCCGGGGAGCAGCCAGUGGAGCCCGGAGGCGGCGGUCGCGGGGGUCCGGGACCCGAGUCUGCGCUGGAGCCCUGGGGCGCGGAACCAGGACGGCGGGGCCCGCGCGCUACUCUUGCUGCUGGCCGAGCGCUUCCCGCGCCGCGCGGGGCCGGGAGGAUGGGGACCCCGGACUGCGGGAGAGCGGCCAAGACGGGACGACCCUCCGCUAUCCAUUGACCUCACCUUCCACCUGCUGCGGACCCUGCUGGAGCUGGCGCGGACGCAGAGUCAGCGGGAGCGCGCCGAGCAGAACCGCAUUAUAUUCGAGUCCGUGGGCAAGUGAUCUUCGGGGGGGGGGGGGGUCUGCGGCCACGAGAACCUCGACCCCCGUCCUCCACCCCCUGGGCCGGGACGUGCGCGACUGGAACUGACCCAGUCCCGCCGGGCUAUAGCGGCCCAGGGAUGCCCUGAGCACUCUGUGCGUCACCAGUUUUUAAUAAAAGUGCUAUAGAGCCUUUGGCCUCGGUUGUGGGGCGCAGGGAGCCACGGCAGGAUGGGAGCCCGGGGGAAAGUGCGGCCUCCUAUGCCGGCGGGAGGGAACCAGAUGCUGCAUGAGGGCUCCCGCAGAACGGCUUUCAGCCAGGGACCCAUGUCCCCAUCGCCCCCAGGAACUCAAGUCCUGGUGCCGUCGCACCACCCCGACACUCCUCCCCUGGCACUGGGCUAGCGAACCCGUGCCCUACAGGGGUCAUUCCACUUCCGCCCCCCCAAAUGAUCCCAGAUCGGGAGAAGGGCGGGAUGAUGGUGGGGUCGCCUCCGAAGCCGAGGCUGAGAGUGAGCAGUGAAAGGAGCUGCGGGUUUGGACUCGUUAGCCCUUUAUUGAGUCCCUCCCCCGUGGCGGGGCGCCGAGCUGUGUGGCGCGGUGGUCUCUGCGCAGGUCCUCCGCGACCCGAGCGCCAGGCCCCAGGUGCGCGGGCUCCCCAAAGCGGGGGCGGGUCAGUGCCCGCCGGUGCCUGGGAAAGAAAGCUCGGUGGGCAGGCGCUCCGAAGGUACUUGGCGGCUCCGGACCCCAGCUCACCCACUUUCCCCAGUGGGUUUCUCCUCUACCUCCCGACCCAACUCGGUCUUCCCAAGCCCCAGAGUAAAGGCUGGUGGGAAAGUGUACUUCUGCACGCGCGCUAGGGGGCGCGCCCCUCCUGCCGGGGGUUGGGAGGCUCCCAGCGAUCCCCGUGCCCCGUGCCAUCAUCGAAGAGGGGACCGGAGCGUAGGGCCAGCCCCGCCAGGCCCUUCAGGCCACACUCACCUUCCGGCCCAUCCGGCCGCUCUUCCUCUGGCCCCGCGCUGCCCUCGUCUCCCUCCAACGCCACCUCCUCAUCCUCUUCCUCCCCGGAAGCGCCUGGCCCCAAGGAAAGCGCGGUGAGGUGGGAGUCCCGCUUCUCUGGUCGUGACCCCCCCCCCCCCACCGCGCCCCUCUGGACACCCGGUCCCCGCGGCCUGCCGCCCCC